CGCCAUGAUAGUUGAGGAGCCACUGAAAACCAAAGUAAGGUAAGUGAUGUAGUAAUUACAUGCGUCUUGGUCUUGAGUGCCAGCAUAAACUGGAUCGUACCCUAUCGCCUGUCGUGAUAACACGUUCACAAGAUCAGCGGUCUUUUCUGCGACCCUCGAAGAUUAGCAGUGAUCUGAGGGUCUGGACUGGCGAAAUUCAGAUGUUUGUUAAUCAUGGUCGGCGGAAAAGCCUCGAGACUACCGCCAAGCCCAAGGGGUUUACUUAGGUCAUGAUGCUAUACGAAACUCGCAGAUCUAUAUAUCCAACGCUUCCCCCUCGUUCGGUUGGAUUCAAUUCUUCUUCCAUCAUCACAUUGUUUUCGACCGUUUAUUACACAGUAAGUCGUCGAAAUUUUCUCAUUCACAUCGCACAUCAUGUCUUCCAUCGCCAGAGAUGACAAGACCUCAUCGUCAUUCAUCCCUCUUGCCGGCGUAGCUCAGGACGGCUGGUCAACAGAGAAUGAAGCAACGGCAACGUGCCUCUGUGGCGCCGUUCAGCUCUCAUUUCCAACCCAAGGCCGCGGCCUCCUUAAUCGCUUCAUCUGCCACUGCACAGACUGCCGCAAAAUCUCCUCCUCAAUGUUCUGCUCCAACUUCUCCAUUGCCGACAGCCACCUCCGUCACAUCCGCGGUAAGGAGAACCUGAAAUCUUUCAGCCAGUCUCGAACCAUCGCGACGGGCAACGAUAUGGCAAAUCACUUCUGCGGCACCUGUGGCACGCUCAUGUACCGCGUCAGCUCCGGCCUGCCAGGCAUGAGUAUUCUCAGGCUCGGUACUAUCGAUGACUUCCGCCUCGUGGAGACGAAGCUCAAGCCGCAGGUCGAGCAGUUUAUCGACACGCGCGCAUCUUGGUUGAAGCCGGUUGAGGGAGUCAUGCAGUUGGAUCGGAUGCUUACAGCAAACGACAUCAAGAGUCUUUUAUAGAUAAUCCAUAAGAUGAAGCAUGCUUAAUGAUAUUCGG